CCCGGAGCACCGGACCUCCAAAGGAAUCUUCUAGGACACAUUGCCAGAUCUUGUUGAUGUACACCUCGGAAUCACCUUCCACUAUCACGUAAGUCAAGGAUCUUGAGGCGACGAUGGUGAUAACACCUCUUACUGCUAAGAGCUCUGCUAGGUAGUGGUUGACUACUCCCUAGUGACGUCUCCCGGUUGCCAACACCACAUGCCGUUUGACCCGUGAAUAGUAAAACCAGACGAGCAUCCUGAGUCACGAACAGCUGCAUCGAAGUUGAUCUUCAAAUAGUCGUCUGGUGGAGGCUCCCAAGUUGCGGGAGGAGGAUUUGGUAGGAACAAUCUAGGGGGUGGAGAAGGGUGUGAAUAUGAGAGACUUCAAGGGCCUGAUUGUAUAAUUGUCUGGCGAGGGAAUGAACAUGAGGUUGGUAGAAUUCAAAAGUCACUUUGGCCCCAUUUGGAUGAGUAAUUUUAAAACGAGGGAUUUGAUGGUCAAAUCUCCCGAAUAAAAACCUAGGAAUUUCAAACGCAGGAUUUAGCUCAAUUCUUUGUUUGGGAACAGAUUAGAGAUUUUAAUCCAGUUUUAUCCAAUCACACCUUUAUCCUUCUCUUUUUCUUCGUUCCUUCAACCCAUCCUCAUUCCUUCACACAGGAAUCAUCAAAGGGCAGAGCUGCAGGAGCUUAGAAUUGGCCGGUGAUUCCCACAGCUCGAUUGGAUAUGAUUGGCGAUGAUUGUGGCUCUGGAUUGCAGGAACUAUAGUUAGAAAGAUGAUGUUCCUGGACGCCGCCGAUUCAUCUUCUGAUGGGCUGUCGGCAUCUGCGCUUCAGAGAGGGAGGUGAGGCAACGACGAAGCAUAUGAGCCUGUGAGUGUGGAGAGACGAGGCGGGACUGAGCGACGCCGAGAAGAAGGAAGGUGAGGCGAGCAGAGCUUUUUCUCGGAAAGAAGUAAGGGUUCGUUGAACAGGGAUGGGAGGGUGGCAACGAAGCAAAACCGCCAGCAUCCUUGAGAAGGAAGGGUCGACGUCGGCCAGAUCCAGAUUUCCUCCGCAGCCGACAUCCAAUUUUGUUUGUUCGAUUUCGUUUCAGUUGUGUCAAUUUCCUCCCACACAAGCGCCUGCUACUACCUUCUCGACAUCGGCGGCUAUGUUGCCUUCUCAUAUGACGAUGCAAUUUGAACGGAAAGACGUGGUCGGAGUAAGGGCCAGAUUUGACAAACUACGGCGAUCGAUGAUAACUGUUGGUGGUCGACGAGAAUGGUUGAACGAGACUGCGAUUGCGGUGGUGGGAUGAGAAAAGGAAAAAGAAAGGUUCGAAGGAUGAUGGUAAGGGUUGGAAAAAAUGGAAUAAAAAUGAGUGAUUUGGAAAUAGCUGAUAGCCAUCAGCUAUUUCAAAAACCCUUGAUUGAGAGUUUUUAAAAUCUCUAAUCUUAUAAUUCCUCAUCUCUUCCAAAUGAGUUAUUGUAUUAAAAUCUUGGAGAAUGAGAGAUUUGGGUGAAAUCCCUCAGCCAAAACUCUAAUCCAAACGACCCCUUUAUUUAUAGACUUCUAGAUUCUCCAAAGCAAACAGACGCAUUGGAGAAUAUGGGAUGGGGAGAUCUCAGAGGUCAUGACAUGUCGCCACCAUAGACUAAAAUUAGCAGCCGGAGCGGAAUCAUUGAAGUUGCUCAAUCCACUAAGGUGCACAACUCGAUGGUUUGGGGGCAUUUGAAGAGUAAGUGUCUAAUGCUCUCUUGGUGUCGCAAGCACAUGGAACAUUGAUUGAGACAGUUAACUCCACGAGUUUAUAGAAUUACAACUAUGGGAAGAAUGACCUUGAGGUAUUGCCAUAUGAAGAAUUUAAAGUUAGGUAGGACUUGGAUCUUCCAAGUAUUUUUCCAAGAAAAAAAAAAAUAGAAUACCAAGUACCAAAUCCAGAACUCCUAAAUAAGUUAUCUACCAAGCACAUUGAGCAUCAUUUGUAUUUGGCGUAGCAGUUCUUCUUUUGCCUCCAAAUUUCACUGUACACCUCUCUCUCCAAAUGGUACUCAAUAGUCCACGCCAUAAAAGUCUACCAGCUUGGACAACAACAGUGUUCCUUUACAGUGACAAUUUGUCCAUUGUAGUUCCUUAUCCCAAACAUCAAUUGGAGCUCUCAAAGUGAAUUAGGAGAACAACCUGCCAAAUUUAUAUUUUUUCAAGGACAAGCAGCAUAGAGAUGAGUCCUUGAUGCCACAAGACAAGAUGAUAGUUCACGUUGUAGGGAUUUUUCCAAUAAUAGCACCUUUAAAAAAAAUUACAAAACUAGCACCCAUCUGAAAAAAUUGACAGAAAUAGCACCAAUUUUAUUGGAACGCACCUUAGGGGUGCGUUCCAAGCCAGGUCAGAAUACGAAACGCACUAGGAAGGUGCGGUUUCAAGAUUUUGCGGAACGGUCUUCAAGACCGUUGGAUGGAGGAGCAAUCGGAGGGCUGAACGCGCGCCAGCGGAGCGAUCCGCGCCACGGAUCGGGGAACACAUCCCCGAGAUGCGGUCAAAGCUGGGGAAGCGCAAAUCGCCUCGGGAGGGCGCGGUUUCUCUUUGGGCAAAAUUACCCGACCGCCUCUGGAGGGUGCGGUCUGUUGGGUAUAAAUACCCCCCUUCCCCUCUCAUAUCUUCACACCACAACCCAUUCUUCCUUCUCUCUCUAGAAUUUAUCUCUCUAAACCCUCCCCUCCCAAAAGCCUAGGAAAUAGUGGUCUGUUGGUUGCGGCUAAGUCCGAUCUGCCAUCAGAAAACAUUUCUUAGGUUUUUUCCUCAAAACCCGCCGAGCCGAAUCUCUGUCCGAAUUUUGGUUUUUUCCUCAAAACCCGCCGAGCCGAGCCGAAUCUCUGUCCGAAUUUGCCGAAAAAAUUGCCGAUUGGUGGCAAGGAGAGGGAGUUUAUGUUGAUGAAUUUCAAGCGGUACGUACUCAUUAUUCUGGUUUAAUUUUUGUUGUUGUUAUAAGCUUUUUAAUUAAUAUAUGUACUAACCUUGUUGUUAUUUUCUCGUAGGUUGGGGAGGACGUGGAUAUAUACAACCAAUGGUAUUAUCUCGAGCAAGGACCGUUGGAUCCAACUGACUUGUACGACCAACCCAACCAUCGGUCAAGAGAUGUUUGGAAUGCUCACCUGGUACAUACAAUUCUUUACCAUUUGUCCUUCUUUUAUUUUGUUAAUGUAUUUAGUGGAAUAUAAAAUAAAUUUAUGU